GUUCUUAAAUAGACUAAUGGGAAAAACAAGGGUCUAUAGAGUAAAACAGAGACUAAAACCACUUCUCCAGAGAGAAAAUGGCAACUCCUACUGUCCGAGCCACCAUUGUUCAGGCCUCUUCUGUCUUCUAUGACACUCCUGCUACUCUUGAUAAGGCUGAGAAAUUAUUGGCAGAAGCAGCUAUCAAUGGAGCCCAGUUGGUUGUGUUUCCAGAAGCAUUUAUUGGCGGUUAUCCUCGGGGUUCAAAUUUUGAUUCAGCCAUUGCGAGUACCACGGAAAAGGGUAGAGAGCAGUUCUGCAAGUAUCAUGCAGCAGCCAUUAAUGUACCUGGUCCUGAAGUGGAUAGAUUGGCAGCAAUGGCAGGAAAGUACAAGGUAUAUUUCGUGAUGGGUGUGAUAGAGAAGGAUGGAUAUACUCUGUAUUGUACCGUACUGUUUUUCAAUUCUCAAGGUCAUUACCUGGGGAAGCACCGAAAAGUCACGCCCACAGGAGUUGAACGUGUAGUUUGGGGAUUCGGGGAUGGAUCAACCCUUCCAGUUAUUGAAACUCCAAUUGGAAAAAUUGGUGCUGUCAUUUGUUGGGAAAAUAGAAUGCCGCUUCUUAGGACAGCAAUGUAUGGCAAAGGCGUUCAGAUUUAUUGUGCACCUACUGCUGAUUCCAGGGAAACAUGGCAAUCAACAAUAAGACACAUUGCUCUUGAGGGUGGAUGUUUCGUUCUAUCUGCCAAUCAAUUCUGCAGAAGGAAAUAUUAUCCACCCCCUCCAGAAUACGUAUUCAAUGGCGCAGAAGAAGACCUCACACCAGAUUCCGUUGUCUGUGCUGGAGGCAGUGCCAUCAUAUCACCCUUUGGAACUGUUUUGGCAGGGCCUAAUUAUGACGGGGAGGCUCUAAUCUCAGCAGAUCUAGAUCUUGGAGAAAUAGUACGUGCAAAGUUCAGCUUUGAUGUGGUCGGGCAUUAUUCAAGGCCUGAAGUUCUCAGCUUGACUGUAAGGGACCAUCCUGCAAAAGCAGUUACCUUCACAUCAGCCGAUGCAAAAACUGAAGGCUCCCAGACAUAGUUGCCUCUUCACUAGAGCCAGCGAUCUGCACUAAUAAAUUGGAGAAAAAUAACAUGUCAAAACGUUCUUACAGAGUUCAGAAAAGUGUGCAUGUGCUGUUGUAUUUUCUUUUCUUGCAUGAAAAAACACUGGUUUCAUAUCUAUCUAUUGAAUGUAACGAUAAUAACAUAUUAGUUUUAAAAAAUAAUGCACUCGAUCCGUUUUCUUUUUCA